UGUUUUCGAACUUCCACCGUGUUUUGGAGCCUGGACGGGUAGACGUAUCAAAUGCAGCUGGUGUUGCACCCAUCACGUCAGAAACCAUGGCACUGGCUAUCCAUGCAAGCGCCUUUGCUGGCAGCUUGACCAUCCGCAACUCCAUCUUCAACAACAACACCUUUUCAGUAAGCGGGUCAGCGUCAGCAGCUGAACCGGUAUCAGGACAGCAACGGCACCGGGUGGCCCACCGGAGGCUGACUGGGGAGGAUGAGGUUCCUGGAGGCUUCCCCACAACCCAAGAGCAGGCGUCUGGUAUCAGUAGCCGGACGGCAAAAGUGGGCAGCAAUGUGGGCCCGCAGCAGCAGCAUCUGCGGCAGCGGAAGUUGGCGUCAUCAGCCACCACAACUUCAAGUGGCUACCCCGUAGCACAGGCACCUGAGCUUCACCCUGGUCUCCAGGAGGGGCCGUGGGCUGAUGACAUGGAGGCUGUUAUUGCAGUGUCCUGCCAAGGCAAGGACCUCCCUGCUGACAGCAACCUGAUGCCACAGUCGUGCAAUGUCGCGUUUGAGGGAGUUUCCAUACUAGGCAAUACUGGUGUUGCAACAAGUGGCCUGUACGUCUUAUGUGAUAAUGUCACGUGCAAUGUGGACAUCCGAGAUUGCAUAAUUAAGGACAACAAGCUGCUGUGGCAACCGGCUCUUGAUCCAGCAACAUUGCCGAGUCCUGGGCUAACUUUUGGAGACUAUGAUACCGGCUUUCAGCUGCUUACAACCAUGGCACCCUGGCUCACAUACACAUACCCUGUCAUUCGCUAUACCAAGUUGAUGAGAGAAACCGUAGUCAGUUUUGACCAGGCAUAUCCCAACUGUUCGUUGUUAUCAUCAUCUGGAUUUCCAAGUGUCACUGGACGCACCUUGGGUGCCAUAGUGAUCCAACAGCGUAAUGCGCCAUGCUCAGAUGCUCUGUCAAGGGACACGCCAAUGGCGCAAUUAUCUGUCAAAGGCGGCCACUACAGUGGCAAUGAUGGUGCAGUAAUCAUGAGUACGGCGAUUGAUUGGAUUCACAUAGCCUCUUGCAGCAGUUCGGGGGCUUCACCUGGCCCGUCAAGGCACAGUGCUGACAUCUCGUUAUCAGGACUCGCUAUUAAUGGCCACGGCAGCGGGAUGCCUGCCGUCUGGCUGCGAUGGCCGCGCAGUGUAACCGUUACUGACUGCAAGGUCACUGAUAGCUCAGGUGCCUUUUGGAUGGAAGAAGUCCGUGACAGUGCAACCGUGGAGGGCUGCACAUUCAAAGGCAACUAUGUCCCGGAGCAGCAUUGGCUAUACCAUUGGGGCUUUAUCGCCUCUGCACCGAACGAAGAUGGCAGCACCAUGUUUCCAAUGAGUAUUGGCACAGGAUCCUCCCAAGUUGUCUUGAUCAUGAUGACACCACUGGGCAACGUGGAGAACACAGUCAUUGUUAGAGACAGCAUAUUUGAAGAAAAUGCUGCCUACACCACGGGUGCACUUUACAUCGUUGGCUAUGACAUGCCAGUCGAUGAUAAGGACAACCUUCCUGGCCGCACGCGAGCACUUGUCUCAAACAUGACCUUCACUAGGAACUAUUGCAGGCGUGCCUCCUUUGGCUUGUCACCAUAUGCCACUGAAGCGGUCUGCCGCACGUCAGAAAGGCCGCUGUACAUCAACGGAGUCUACAAUGCUACGAUUACGGGAUCCAGGUUUCAUGACAACCGCAAUGGUGGUGUUUACAUAGACCAUUGCGGUGUGAUGAACGUCACCUACUCUUCAUUUACUGACAAUCUCCAGACGUACAACGCAAGAUCAAACAGCGCGGAUCAAGGAAUUGGUGGUGGGGCCGUAACCGGCUGGUCAAUCAGCUACGGUGGUGCCAACAUUCUCCACAGCACUUUCAUUAACAACACAUCACCACCUGGAGGUGGUGCAGUUUUCCUCCGUGACGUGUACAUUUCAUACCUCAAAAACAACAGCUUCAUAAGUAAUACCGCAACAAAUGGAGAUGGAGGGGCUGUGUGGAUUUUAACAACUGAAAAGAAAAGUGGUGAUCCACCUUCAUACAACACGAACUAUGACUCGCUGUUGGGCUGCAACUUCACUGGUAACCGUGCAGGCCGAAGAGGGGGUGCAGUUGCUGGAGUUGAUGUAGCAGCUAGCUCAGGAUGGAUGAUUAGCAGCAACGUUAUGGAAGGAAACAUUGCCAUGGUAAACCCACCGAAACGGGCGAUGGACCCGCUGCCAAGAGAUGACAUGGCUGGUGGAGGCGCCAUGUAUAUACAAAACACUGCAUCCGCCAUCUUUGCUGGCAAUGUCUUCGUGAGAAACAAGGUACUACGACAUGCUGGUGGAGCUGUGCGCCUGAUGGAGGGGCAAGCUGCAACAUUUUCCGAGAAUGUAUUCUCAGGCAACAUUGCUAUCAUGGGUGGUGCUGUCGCAGCAACCAGGGUCGACCAGCUGUUUCUUGAUGAGUGCAGUUUUGACAACAACUCGGUGACGAACCCAUGGGCCUGGCCGGAUACAUCUCCAGAACCAGGAGCAGCAAAUGAGGAAGUGCACUUUCCUCUGAAUUCUCUGGAUCCAGGAUAUGGUGGCGGGCUGUAUGUCUUACAGACCCCAACGCAGAUUGGCUCCCUAUCGCAGUUCACAAACAACAUGGCCUUACUUGGUGGCGGUAUAGCUGCUGUUUCUUGCCCGAGGUUGACAGUUAUGGCUUCCGCAGGCUUUAGCCACCUUAAUCUCACAGUGUCUCAGGAUAUUGUGGAGGCUCCGGGUGCACCCAACCCCUUGGGUGUCGAAGGGGUGAUACCGUACCGUGUCCUUUUUGCAAACAACACAGCCCUGAUUGGUGGAGGAGUCUACUUGCACGAUGUUACAAGUAUCACUGCUGCCGGGUCUGUAAUAGACUUACUUAUCGAAAUGGCACCUGUCAACCUCACGUAUCUGUCCCAGGGCUACAAAGUGCAGGAGUUCCUGGACUUUCUUGAUGGGAACGCUAUGACCACCUACAUUACGCCUGAAACGGUACCAUUAAUCGACCAACCUGCUAUCGUUUUCUACAAUAACACAGCAAAUGGCGGUGCAGCCAUAAUGCUAGAUGGUGGGCUUGAGGUAUCCCUAAACAACACCCGCUUCCUGGGCAACCGUGCGUUCACACCUCCGCUUGCUGAGGGGUACACUGGACUCCAGGGACGGGAGGCCAUGAACGGGUCAGCAGCCAGCCAUGCGUGUUAUUCGGGUGAAGGAGCAGCAGCAUGCAUCGUUGGCAGGGAUGGUAGCUCCAUAGAGUUCAACAAUUCGGAUGUCUUUGGCAACGAGGCAGAUGUGCAUGGUGGCGGCUUCUACGUGGCUGAGGGACGGAGCUGCAGGAACCCAGCUGGAUGCUACAGUGUUCGGUUGAACAAUGUAAAUAUGUCAGGAAAUGUUGCAAAUUAUGGUCGCGGUGGCGCCAUAUUUUGGGAGCACGAGGCUAUUGUGGAGGUCAACUCUUGUGCUUCUGACUCCUACCACAGUAUUCCUCUAGGCUCAGCAGAAUCAGGAGUACCACCAGCAGACGGUGUUAACGGUUUUGAUGGUGGUUAUUCUACAGCCGACUCUUCCAAGGUUCCUACCACGCAAAUUAAGCUUGUGUUACCAGGCCGCAAAGAUCUGCCUGUCACCUAUGGCAAGCUAGUCCGCAAUCUGCAGGCUGAGCUGCUGCAGCCAUUAGGGGGCCCUGUGGUGACAGCCAACAGCAGCAUCUACAUGGUCAAUGGCAAUCUCGUGUUGCCAAACGACACUGCGGCAGCUGCCUUUGAGAUAAUUGACGAGUUAGGGUUGACGUCCAUUAAUUUACAAGGCACAGUCGUCCUAAAUGUGAAUGACACGGCUUGGCUUGGAAUGCCGUACAAUCAGUUGCCUUGUUCCAACUGGGAGUACAACGUUGCUGCGAGCGGGAAUGAUAUCAGUACGACGCCAUACUUUCUGCUGGUUAAGCCAUACGAGCACUUCUACAGCUCCAACACCAACUUGCAGCUGAACGUCACCACACAUGACUGGCUAGGCAACAACUGUACAGAAACGAACAGCACGAGGACAGUGGUAGUUAUAGAGGCCGUGUCGCCUGAGGUAUCGGGUACCAUGAGCCAGGUGGCCUUGGACGGUCUUGCGGAUUUCACGGGUCUAGUGCUUCGCACUCAUGAAGGUCCUCACAACAUCACGUUCACCGGACGCUCAAGCAACCCUGAGCGCAACCUAAAGCCGGACACAGUAGAGGUAUACGUGCGGCCUUGCAGCAUAAAUGAAUACCUUGCACCUGAGAACCACGAUGAGUGCAUCAGGUGCAAGCAAGGCUCGUUCAACCUUGACACGACCUCGGAGAACUGCACUGCCUGUCCAGGCAAUGCGGUCUGCAACUAUCCGGCCAACGACACCGGUUAUGUGGUAGCGAUUGAUACGGGUUACAUGGUACCCAAAGACGGCGCAUGGCAUAGCAGCUUUUUCAGUAGCCAGGUCCUGGACUGCCCCAACCCGGCGGCUUGCAAAAGCGAGAAUCGCAGCAAACAGCUUGGUGCACUGCAGUACGCGAUUUGGCAGAAAGCUCGUGAGGUGCAGUACCGCACUUCCCUUGCUCUGGCCGCGGAUUCUAUUUGGGCAAUGCUGUCCGAAAGUCUCGACGGCGGUGUUGACUUCGACCUACAGCAGCGGCGUCAUCAGCUGCUCCAGCAGCACAUUUCGUACUCCAACACCACGCAGUACAACAUCCGGGUCAUCCAUGAGACUCAACAAUUCAUGGAAGACUACAUGGCAGCUCAGUGCGCCCAGGGAUACACAGGCACCCUGUGUGGGGAAUGUGCGUCAGGUUACGGCUGGAUUAACAUUGCCACCUGCACCAAAUGCCCCAAAAGGGUGUAUAAUGCGCUGUACUACACCCUCGCCACGCUGCUGACACUGCUGUCACUGGCCUUCACGGUGUAUGCAAGCAAUACGCCGACACAAAAGCUUGUGGCUGCAAGCCACUUCUCUGACUUUUACAAUAACGCAAAUACAUCCACAAACAGCAUUCCUGAGGACUACGCUGUACAGGAUCCCAACGCUGAUGACCUGACGAAGCAUGAGCAUACACAACAUCAGUAUCUGCAGCCAUACCCCUCCGCAGCACCACAACCGUUCGCUCACCAAUCGUCAAGGUCACGUCAGACCUCGCUGAAGGAGUCACGGGGGCCGCCAAACCUCCCAAAACAGGAGGAACAACUGCCCUCCCCAUUUUCGGAUGUCACAAACAACCACUCCGUGUUCCUGGAAAAUGAGGAGGUCAUCAUCAUGAUGGAUCCGUCCCCUGGGCACCCAGCUGGUGCAAUGGCCCCAGUCUUUGAAGGCGGUCACAUUGCAACUGGGUACAACAACACGGUUUACCAUCGCAACGUGGGAAGUGGAGAGGGCGCCGACCCCUUUGACAGCCCACACGUCAACCUGGCAACCGAAUCCUUCUCUCCAUCAGAAGCGGUGGUGCGUCCGGAAGAUGACAUGGCCCCCACCUCAAAAACCCUGCCUGGAAAGGGUGUGGGUGCUGCCGCUGGCGCUGCUACCGGUAGUGGACUGGCUGAUGAUAACAGCAGUGAGCAAGCGAGCGCUCAGAAAGCCAUGGACAUGCACGCCAAGGCACAGCUGCCCACCCUCGUGCGUCUGUUCGUCACGUACCUCCAGGUGCUGGCGCUGUUGCGUGCCGUACCUCUGGAUCUGCCGAACUUCAUGGAGAUCUUCUACGGCAUCUGCAUCCAGGCCACCAGUUAUCCAGGCACGCUGGUCUCGCUCGACUGUUCGCUGCCUGAUACACUGGUCAUGUCCCGAGGUGCCGCACGCAUCCUCAUUACCAUCCUGGCCCCCGUCUACACCUUCAUUGGAGCCAUGCUUCUGUUCUCGCUAUGGGAUGUCGGGAAGUACUACAUGUCCUGGUAUCGUGGCACGCGGCCACCUGGCGGCUUGAUCAUGCAGCUCGUCACCAACCGCAACAACCAAGUGCUGUUGACCUUCAGCAACGUCAUGUUCUUCUUCUACCCCAGCAUCUCCCAAACCCUUAUGUCCAUCUUUGACUGCUCGCAAGUCGAUUCGUACGACUCCUCCAAUAUCUUGGCGACGCUGUACUAUCGUACGAGUAGCGUCUGGCAGCAGGACUUCAGCGUCAAGUGCUACAAGGGCAGCCAUCUCGCGCUGGUGCUGGGCCUCGGUAUGCCGGGAUUGCUGCUGUUUGGCAUCGGCUGGCCGGUGGGAAAUGCGUGGAUCAUGAUUCGCAAGUUGCGAUGGGCAACCAGCGAGAAACGUAACGUCCGAGACACCUCAAACGAAAUCAUGGCGGCUGAUUACGUGCCGAGAUGGAUUUGGUGGGAGUCGGUGAUUCUGCUGCGCCAGUUGGCCAUUGCUGCCAUCGUCACCUUUGUGAGCUCCGUCUCCUCCGCCGCCGUUCAGCUGCUCAUCGUGCUAUCCAUUCUGGUGGCAGCAGCGGUCGCUCAGAUCCUGGUGCAGCCCUACCGCAGCUGGUUCGCGGGGCUGAUGGCGCAGGCGUCACUGUACUCGCUCAUUGUCACCGUCUACCUGUUGGUCUACCUGACACAGAUAGGCGUGAACAACCUGGCCCCGCGUGUUACCAUCUCCCUCAUCAUCGUGGCCAUUAACGCGGUGACCGUGGUUGCAUUCGUUUGGAGCAUCAUCCAGGCUUACUGGUACGGUUUGCUAAUUCAGUCGGGUCUCGACUGCUUGGAUCCCAAGACCCGCCAGUCGCUGACCUACGUCGAGGCCCGUAAGUACAUCAUGUCAGCGAUGAUGGAUGAGCCGCGCUUUGGGGGAACUGAGAGGGGCCUGGGCGCUGCUGUCGAGAGGUUCUCCUCUGCGCGGAAGAGCGGUGUGGCUGCUUCCAAGGCGGCAGUGGUGGUGCUGGGUACAAGCCUGAGUGGCCGCAUGGACGCUAUCCUCAACAAGGUCAAGUCCCAUCGCUCCUUGUCGUCGGCUUCUGGCAGGAUGCAGUACGGGUGAUGGAACCAAACGGGCCACCCGACGCACCCGCUCUGCGUGUCACCUCGCAAAACGUUAGGUUCCGGUCUCUCUGGGCCCCGCCCGGUUCAGUAGCUGGGAGCACAUACGUUUAGUUUAAGGCUGGCAGUCGGCUGACCGGUUACAUAUAUUCUGCGAGGAAGCAAAAGUCACACACUGGCACGUUGUCAUGUGUUGAAGCCGCAUUUUGCCGCUUUUUCAUUUUUGUCCAUCGUUCUUUGCUGGUAAUAAAUGAUAAUGUUCAUGAAGAAAUAUGUGGGUUAGGAUUAGGAAUGACGAAGCAGCAGACUGAUUACGCCGCACGCGCGCUCGCAGGCUGGCCGACAUGGCUUGUUACCUCUACCUGGGCAGUGUGUAGGGCGGGAUCCUGGGAUUGCGCAAAAGGAGCAAGUGUACCCUUCAUGCUAAGGGCUUUCGGAUUUCCCAUCGAGCAACGUCAUCGUUAUGCAAGAAGAAUGGUUUGGCUUUGGCUUCGUCUUGCGGUACAGAUGCAGGAUGCAGACGGGCGGGUGUAUUCCAUGUGGACAUUCGAAGAAUCUGCUGGGAGGUGGGUUUCGCUUGAGGGUGGGUUGCCUAUGCACUUACGAGCGAUCGCUGCAAUGAUGAGUUUUGCUUGAGUAAGGCUGUGUACGACAAUUGUACGGACGGCCACAUGAUGCACAUGGAGUGAAGUGUAUGGCGCGCCAACGGUUGAACGCCACCGCUUUUCCUAAGUAUUAUAGCAACAGCAGUAUUAGUGUGUGGAUUUUACUUUCCAGGGGAGACACGAUAUGGGUAAAAGUGAAUGGGCGCGGCCAAGCCGUUUGCCCCCUUAAUUUACCAGCGUCUGAUUUCUGGAACGCCGAAGGUUUGAGCGUGGGAAAUGAGAUGGUUUGGUUAGUUAGUAGAGCUGUUGAAUAGCACCAUGGCUGCUGUAUGUCCAACCGUUUGGCAUGUUAGUUCCCGUUUCAGAGCGGCAGUGCAAAAACGCUCUGCAUAUGACACGAACAGGUCUGGAUAUACUACACGUUUUGACGGCGAUUACCUCUGCCCUAUCCAUUAAUCCUGUUUGGUAGACCUCCAAUCUCAGUUGGCGGUUUUGCUUCUAUUUGGGCUUGAGCUUCCUUUGCUUGAGUUGCGUACGAUGAUUCAGAAAUGCAUACUGUUAGGUUUUGGUAGGAGGGUUCACGUGGGCUUUGCCUCAGCCAGAAAGGACCGAGGAUAGAAGAAUGCGCUUACCUAAUGCUCCUGGUGCGGCAUCUUGCAGCAUUUGCCGCAUGACAUCCAUGUCUACCGCGUGCUUCAGGCGUCUAGCAGCUGUUGGCAUACAUGGUGCGGGUAGCGUGGUCAUGUGCUCAAGCUGGUUAGUAGCACACCUCGCUUGUCACCUGUAGUGUCUCGCCUGGACUUAUGUUUGGGUUGUAGAGUUCGCAUUAUCCCAUUCUGCAUAAUGGGUUCCGCGCAUAAUGUUACUUGCACUGAAUUUACUGACGCAGCAGGCCGCUGAAGGUUAUUAGCAGUCGAUUCUCACGGUCAUAAAUUGAAGUGUUGUAACGUGGUUUCCUUUAUGGACAUUUACACGGUGCUCAGACGCGCCCCAAUGUAAGGUACUACUUAUA